GUUAAAUAUUAUAUGUAACUUGGAGGUUCCAUUUUAAUAAUAACUUCAAAUGGGAUUAAAAAACUUAAUCAUUUAAUAAUAUGAUUUCUGUUUAAGCAGAUUUUCAAAAAUCCCUCUUCACAAUAAUCAUAAAAUCGUUUUAAUAAGAAAAAUAGUUCUAGAGUGAAAUUUCAAGCUAUGAAUGUGACAUCUGAAAAAUCAGAUACAGAUUUAACUUUAUACAGUGAAAAUAACAUUGAAAUUUACAGUACACUUUUUGUACAGACAACAGUAUGUAUCAUUGGAGCGAUAUUGAAUAUUUUAAAUGUGAUUGUAUUGAGUCGUAGACAAUUUGAAGCGACACCAUAUUUAUUUAUGACUGCAUUGUCAUUGACAGAUACUGGAAUAUUACUUGUUCACUUACCAUCUGGUAUGGUGAGGUGUGGGCAACACUUUCAAAUCUGUCAAAGUGAAGGAUACAAACAAUUUAGGGUUAUACUUUUAUACUACACAACUUAUAUUGGAUUUGGAUUAGGCAACAUACUUGAAGCUUCAUCUGUAUGGAUAACUGUACUGAUUUCAGCUGAACGCUACAUCAUAAUGAAAUGGCAACAUUUGGGGAAGUUGUUUUUCACGCGCAGACAAGGCAAAUGGCAAAUACUUUUCACAGUCUGUCUAGCAGUAGUCUUCAACUCUCCUUUCUUUUUCACUCUAACAAUAAACUAUUCUGUUAAACCAGGACCAAAUAAUACAACAAAACGCCUUCAUUACGGUAAGCUUACAUGGUUCGGUGAAUCACAGUAUUAUCUCAUAUUCACAUGGUUACGGUUUAUCUUUGUUCAAUGCAUUCCACUGAUAACUUUAUGCAUAGCAAACGUUAUGCUGUUACGUUUAACAUGGUCAAGUUAUCAUAAUCAAAUGAGACAUCAACUUAGACAGCAGAGUUAUAUGCAACAUUCUUCCCAGACAGUAUUUGCAGCUAUAAAAGCUAAAGUGGUCAAUACUGACAAAUCUAUUAAUAAACAAUCAAAAUCAGUUACACAGGUUACGCCUGAUCCACAAACAUUACUUUCAGUAAAUGAUGAUGAAAAAGAAGGCUGUAAUACUCAAGAGGAAUCGGAGAAAUUCGAUAACCGCCUGCAGACAAACAAUAAUAAUAAUACUGAAGACGAUUGUUGUGACAAGCAGAAAGAUAUUACUGAUAAUAAUAAUAAUAGCAAUUCUAUACCAAUAAAGCGUACCUCAUUGGCAAGUCGACGACUGGAACGUUCACAACAAGCCAAUAACAAGUUGUCAAUUUUAUUAAUGACUGUGAUAUUUCUAUUUAUAAUUGGUCAAAUUCCUCAAGCUCUAGCCUACGUUCAUAUCUUAAAUUUAAUUGUACCAAGAUCAUGCGUGAAUUGUAGGACAUUCUCAUCGUUGUAUAAACACUUUAGCCAAUUGUUAUGCCUGAUUACAUCAACCACCAAUUUCUUUCUGUAUGUGACUUUAAACAGAAAUUUCCGGGAAUGUUUAAAAGGACUGUGUCGAUUAAGAUGCAAGUCAUAGCUUUUACGUACAUUAAGAUAACUUAUGAAAAAAAUCUGUCGAAUAACUACUUACUUCUGUUACACUUCAUUGAUGUAAUCAAGUGUAGUGGAGGAUUUACAUCAUACCUGUUUCUACUGAGUAAUAUUCUUUUUUUGUUUAUAAAGAAAAUACAUACUGUAUCAUGGCAUUUCAUCUGAUAAAGAUUUUAUUUCUUAUGAAUUAUUUGUAGUGUUUGUUUAAAAAUGAACAGCAUAUUACUGAUUAUUACAUUAUAUUGACCAUUUAACCCUCAACAUCAUUGUUGCUCAUGGAUUCAAUAAACACCGCUAUUUAUGAUUGUUUAACUGUUU